AUGGAGAAGUAUCAGAACCAGUACGGCGCAACUCGCAGCACCACCGACCCAGCUGCCGUCCAUCAGGUAGACGAGUACGGCAACCCCAUUAUUCCUCAUCACUCUGCCGCUGCUGGUGGUGGUGGUGGAAAACAAGGGCGUGGGAUCUCCGGGAUGCUUCAUCGCUCCGGUAGCUCGUCCAGCUCCAGCUCUUCCGAGGACGACGGGCAGGGAGGGAGGAGGAAGAAGAAGGGGAAGGGACUGAGGGAGAAGAUCAAAGAGAAGAUGCCAGGUGCAGGUGGUCACAGUAAGGAUGAUCAUUAUUAUGAUCCACACCGCCCUACUGCCACUACAACGCCGGCCGGUGGAUACUAUUCCGCCGACGAGCCUCAUCACAAGAAAGGCAUCAUCGAGAAGAUCAAGGACAACCUCCCUGGGGCUGCCACCCAUCACUAA